AUGAGACGAGAUCCGAUCCUCCUCAUUCCCCGAAACGUCAAAAGACGGAAGAGACAACCGCCGACGACAGCGAUUCGGACGAUUCCGAUAUGGGGUUAUGAGAUGGACUUUUCGAAAUUUACCUUCUGUUUCGACUGGCAACAAUUGGAUCUUGACGAUGAUACAUGGAUUGAAGAAGACAAGCCUGAUCAAACCAACAACAGAGAUUUAAUCGCCAUGUUGUGCAAUGUGGCUCUCGCCAAGUACAACGUAGAAAAGAAUACAAAAUUGGAAUUGAGCAAAGUUUUAAGGGCAAACUUUCAUCCAUCUGCUGCAGCCACUUUCUACAUCUCGUUCGAAGUCAGUGAUCCUUUUGAUGGUAAUCAGACCAAACCUUAUCGAGCAGUUGUUGGCUAUUUCCCGGGACGUAUUCUAGUAGACUCUUGCAAUCCUAGACCCGCUUCUUGA